CUGAGCUGAAGGAACUCUCGCAUCAGCCUGAUAAGCUAUAGCCAGCCAUCUUCUCUGAAUUCCAACUCAGUCCAAGGGCUGGAAGCUUGAAGUACCGUCAGAGAAAAAGAAAAAAAGAUGGUGAAGCUUGCAUUUGGAAGCUUGGGCGACUCUUUCAGCGCCGCGUCCCUCAAGUCCUAUGUGGCCGAGUUCAUUGCCACGCUCCUCUUCGUGUUCGCCGGCGUCGGGUCCGCCAUUGCCUACUCGCAAUUGACCAAGGGUGGCGCUCUGGACCCCGCCGGCCUGGUGGCCAUCGCCAUCGCCCAUGCGUUCGCGCUCUUCGUCGGCGUCUCCAUGGCCGCCAACGUCUCCGGCGGCCACCUGAACCCCGCCGUCACCUUCGGCCUCGCCGUCGGCGGCCACAUCACCAUCCUCACCGGCAUCUUCUACUGGGUCGCCCAGGUGCUCGGCGCGUCCGUGGCGUGCCUUCUCCUGAAGUACGUCACCCACGGACAGGCUAUCCCGACACACGGCGUGUCCGGGAUCAGCGAGAUCGAGGGCGUGGUGAUGGAGAUCGUGAUCACCUUCGCGCUCGUGUACACCGUGUACGCCACCGCGGCCGACCCCAAGAAGGGGUCCCUGGGCACCAUCGCGCCCAUCGCCAUCGGCUUCAUCGUCGGCGCCAACAUCCUGGCGGCCGGACCCUUCAGCGGCGGCUCCAUGAACCCGGCCCGCUCCUUCGGCCCCGCCGUGGCCGCUGGCAACUUCGCCGGCAACUGGGUCUACUGGGUCGGCCCCCUCAUCGGCGGCGGCCUGGCCGGGCUCGUCUACGGCGACGUGUUCAUCGCCUCCUACCAGCCCGUCGGCCAGCAGGAUCAGUACCCAUGAAGAAAGUCGAUCCGGACCCAAAUGCAAUGCAACCCGUCGUGUUGAUUUCACCGUCCUCGUCGAUUCGCCGUCGUGUCAUCGCUUCGCGCUUGUGAUUAUGUUUGGUCUUGUUUGCAUUACCCCUUCUGGUUUAAUUUUCACCAACGGUGUCAACAUGCUGUAAGCGAGAGAACCGUUCGAUCUAUACCUGUAUAAAUGUAAUGUACGGUUCAGUAUUUCCAAGUACAGUAUAUGUUCCGGACGGA